AUGGUGGGAAACGCAAAAUCUAAUCGCAUCAAAGCUUACAGGGCUAUGAGUAAGCUUGGAUAUGAUUCAAAAGUUGUAAAGCCUGUAUUGAACAGCCUUUUGGAAGUGUAUGAGCAAAAUUGGGAACUUAUUCAAGAUGAGGAUUAUGCUGUCCUCGUGGAUGCUGUUCUUGAGAGUGAGGAUAGCAAGUUAAAGGAAAGCCGGAGGUUCCACUUAAUUGAUGAGCCUGAAGGGGAGGAACCGCCGCCCAAAAAAGUAAGAUCAACAAGUCGCACAGAUGAAGCUUUGACAUGGGGUGGUGUUUCUAGCUCCAGUUCUGAUUGGCAGAAAGAUGAGCCACUCCAUGAUGUGAUGAAGGUAACGUCUGAAUCUGUUCGUGAGGAAAAGUUGGCUACUUCUGCUCAUUGCUAUGUCAUUUUAGGAGAUACUGAAGAUGAGAUUGACACUCCUAUGCAACGUUGUCCUGAAAGAGAACAGAAAGGCAGUUCUUACUAUUCUUCUUCAGAGUUCGCACAGACUAAGAAAAGUCAUCUGUUCUCACCUGAAGGAAGCUAUGAAUCUGAUCCUCUGUCAGCUCAGCCACUUCCGGAUGAUGAUUUCAAUGAAUAUAACUCCCCAUCCGUCCAUAAGUUGGUGAAUGAAACUCAUAAUUUAAAGGCCUGCCAGGAGAAUGUACGAGGGUUACCUGAUACCAUGUCCGAGCCACGCCCUCUAGCCAUUGUUCACCCUGAUCAUGCAAGAUCUUCCAUUCAAAGCAAUUAUUCUAAUGCAAAGAGAAAUUUCUCGACAUCCCCUAAAGUGACAGAGCUCAAUACCAAAGAUGGUUCUUCAUCUACAAAGGGACCUCUUCUUCUAGGUUAUCAUCCGAAACCCAAAUACUCAGCCAUAGAUGAAGAGAGUUCUUGGAAUGGUUCGCGUUUAGACAUUGCUUCCUCUUGCCAGGGGGAAGUUAAACUUUCUGUGACAUUCCAAUCGUCACUUCCAUCAAACUUUCGUGUUCCUAGUUUAGAUGCUGUCUUAAAGAGGAUGGAGGAGAAGUAUGUUGAAGCAUAUAACAUUACCCGACAAGACUUCUCAAUUGUGAAGUUGAUGAAUGAGAUAUGCGAGACUUUCUUAGCAACUGGCAUCAUGUCCUCUGGCAAUGAGAGAGUUAGCUGUGCAGAACUACAACCUGAUCCUAUUACUUCGAGAGACUUAGGUGGUCAAGUUGUUUCAAAUCAUGUCGCUAAUACAGCUGGUGUUUACAUUGAUCCUCCAAGGUUCCGUUUUUUGAAUGGUUUGGACUUUAGCCAAAGCAAGAUAGGAUUACCAAUGAAGUUAUCUGGCAGUUACUGUGAUAUAUAUCUUGAGGGACUUAGAAAUCAAAGCUCUUCAACUGCAGAAAUUAUGGUUGUUGCUCAGCAUGCGUUUCCUAACAUGAUAGAAUCUGUAUGUUUAGUUGAUGAUAUUACGACUGGGGAAGAGGAUGUCAAGAUUUCAUUGAUAAAUGAAAUAAAUAAUGAGGGUCAGCCUUUGUUUAAGUACAUCACCCGUAACAUAGUUUAUAGAGAUGCUCAUGUCAAGUUUCUUCUAGCUCGUAUCUCAGAUGACAAUUGUGGUUCCCAUUGCUUUGGAGAUUGUUUGAUGGCAGAACUACCUUGUGCCUGUGCUGGUGAAACUGGUGGGGAGUUUGCUUAUGUUCCAGGGGGUUUACUUAAGGAAAAGUUUCUUGAAGACACUAUUUUGAUGAAAAGCAGUCCACAGAAGACAAACUUCUUUUACUGCCAAGAAUGUCCGCUGGAAAAGCCCACGAGUAAAAGCUUAUCUGGCGUAUGCAAGGGCCAUCUCAUCAGAAAAUUUAUCAAGGAGUGCUGGUAUAAGUGUGGUUGCACCAUGGCUUGUGGUAAUCGCGUUGUUCAGCGUGGCAUAAACCGCAAGUUGCAGGUUUUUAUGACCAAAGAGAAGGGAUGGGGUCUUAGAACUCUUGAAGACUUACCUAAAGGUGCCUUUGUUUGUGAGUAUGUCGGCGAGAUAGUAACUAAUACGGAAAUGUUUGAUCGCAACUCACGUAGCAUUGGAAAGAAGCACACAUAUCCAGUGCUACUAGAUGCAGAUUGGUCUACUGAAGGUGUCUUGAAGGAUGAAGAGGCACUUUGUCUGGAUGCAACAUUGUUUGGAAAUGUUGCGAGGUUUAUCAAUCACAGAUGCUAUGACGAUAAUUUAGUGGAAAUUCCGGUUGAAGUGGAGACUCCAGAUCAUCAUUAUUACCAUCUUGCAUUUUUUACUAAUAGGGAAGUUCACGCUUCUGAAGAGUUGACUUGGGACUAUGGCAUUGACUUUGAUGACCAUACUCAUCCGGUGGAGGCUUUUCGCUGUCGCUGUGAGAGUGAAUCCUGCCGCGAUCUAGAAAAAGGCAAUGUUGGCAUAAAGUUGUUGACAUUGUAA